GUUUGUCUAAUUUAUGUCCAAGUGUUCAGGUUGUGCCAAUUGCUUCCAAGGCUAUUUGCGUUUGCCGUUUCGUAGAACAAUGUUGCAGCUAAAGGAAAAAAUGCUGGAUGACCGACUCAAAAUGAUUGUGGGAGAGAUAUUCACGCGAAACGGUGUAGAUCCGGACGGCCUGGCGAGGGACCUACCCGAUAGUGUUUUUGACGGACUCCUUUGGGAGUUCUGCUCAGAAGUACUCCUCAAAUUGGUGCUGAAUUAUUUCGGCUACAAUCCGAAGUUGCUUGUGAGGUGUGAGCCGGAUUGUGUUUCGCGAUUGCCAGGAGUGGCUGUUUGGCGUUUUGCCAACAUUACGAAGGAAAACCAUCAUGCAAUAGUUUUUGUAGAAAUGCCCGGUCGCGUCCGCGUGCGCGACGUUGAAAUAGUCGUCGAACUUUUUCCAAAAUUGGAAUCGAGACCGGGCCCGAGCGGCUUGCCGGACGAUGUGAAGCAGAUUUUGGAUGGCUAUGACAGUGAUAUGCGUGACGAUCCCUUCCGCCGGCUCUACGCAGCAUGCGAAGAUAUGGCGUUUCGCAGGCAUCCCGGUCUUCUUUUCCUCUUAGGCGUAGCAGGUGAAGCAGCGUACGGGGAAUUUCCGGCAGGAGAUCCUGAUCAGGCAGAGUUUUGGGUUGGUUCACACACGUUGGACACCUUCGUGGAGCGUACCGGCUGCACAAGAGUGCAAGAGCUCGAAACCAUAGAUUAUUCACUCACCGUGCGGCACAAGCGGACGGGCGAGCCGCGCUGCAGAUUCAGUUCCCGGCGAAAAACAGUGCUUGUCAUGGACGGGGUGCGUUUUCCGGUCCGCGUUGUAGAGGCCGUGUCACCAGCAGAGUGCCUAGAAAUCCACAGCAUGCCCUUCGUUCAGAAUCCCGGCCGUCCUAGGGGGGCUGUGGACGUGGAGUUCGGUAGUUACGCACACGCGAGGUAUGGUGUGGUGAAUAGCUUUUGCCCAUCGGUUUUGCCAGUUUCCGCUGAGUUUGCUCGAUAUCCCAAGAGAUGUGGCCUCGGCGUUCGCAGAUACGCGCUUCGCGACUUCCUGGAUGACGCGCCUUCGCACCCUGAUACGCCCGCCAAUGCUCCUUCAACCUCACAUGACGUUCCUACCUUACUGACGCCCAGUCUCCCAGGGGCAACAAUGUCGUCAUCAUCCAGGCUGAAAGCCACCCCCGGACGAAGGAGAAGAAACUUGAACGCAAAUCUGGCAUGGGCCCGACGCACUCUUCGAACGAAUGGUGCCUACUACUGGUUGGCCGUAAACGCGACGCGGGGAAGGUACCAAGAGUGGAGCAGCGGUGUUCCUGACAUCUUCGCUAUGGCCACACGAAGCGGGGCGGUUCGCCGGGACCAACUGGUAAAACAUGCCGACAUGGCUGAGAUUUUGACUUUUGUGGGAAACAUGCAGGAGCACCUGGACGAACCGGAGAACGGGGCUGCGAAGGAGGUUUUGCGCAAAUGGGCGGUAGGCUACAAAGGCGGAAAAUUUUACGACGAGGACCGAUUCGAGGUAACCGCCGGCGAGCUCUUUCCGCUAUUUUUCGUCGACAAGGUAUGCCCAAAGACCCACGAGUUGUGGUCCGACUAUACGAACGUGACGCGCCAGUGGAAGCGUAUGCGGGACAACAAAGCGCUCCGAAGUUUGAAGGUUGACUACAAGAGUGGCAGUUCCGAACUCCACAGACUCCUGCAAGCGGACUGGGAUUUGUGGGACACGGAUUACCCACAGGCAAUCGCAUUUUUCCGAAAUUUGCCCGAGGACCCGCAGUGCCGCCGGGAUGUUCUCGAAUGGAAGGACGGGAGCGGUCUAACUGCAGUCGAUUCAAUCGAGGCAGACUGGCGAGGAGACCUGGAGCAGACGCUCUGGAAUGCGGUGGGUGAAGCUGAGAACUCCAGUAGUGACGCGGCUGCUGUAAGUGGUGGAUGAGAAGGCGAGGCCUGAGCAAGAGCUAGCUGUAAAAAUUUUGGUACCAAAUGCAUGAGCGCUCUAUAGUAUUCGAUUUCUAUUCCACCUGAGCGUGUCCUGAGCGACUAUGUCCUAUCGUUUCGUUUUUUCAUCACGGGCAGCACUCUGAUGUGACCUUUGAGCUUUCUUAACAGCCUUGAGAUGCUUGCGUCAGCAGGAU